AUGUCUAAUCACUAUGCUAAGGGCGAGUCGCAUGACGUUCCAGUCUAUCAUGACCGAAGUUUUUCCAAAUCUAUAACAGUUGCUGGCACUCGCUCACAUCCAAGAAUAGUUCCACACGAUGCGCCAACUUGUGCAGGGGAUAGAACCUUCUGUUUGUACAAUCAUGAUUAUCCUAUUGACGAAGUAGACGCAAUAAUUGACCGGUUCUACAAAGAUAUCUAUGAGAUGUAUUCUACCCUGAACACCCACUUUUCUCCAUCAGACUUUGCUUAUUUCGAUAACCACACCUAUUCAUACCAUAAACAUGGUCAUUUUGUUUGUCCAUCAGAAACUACCUAUCUCAGACCAGGUUGGGCAAGGAACUGGAAAGGCCACUGGUUGGCAGUCGUCAACACUGACAAAUUCCCGCAAACAGUGCGAGUUGAACAUUGCAAGUUUCCACACAAGUCCUGUGAAUAUUUGCCUCCUUGCUAUGAGUCAACCUGCAAGCAACGAUACUCACUGAUUCAACUGUUAUGUGUGGAUCCUUAUAAUUAUGACCACAAACCAAUUGUCGAUUUGUUUGCACUGCCCACUGGUUGUUCCUGUUUUGUGGAAGAUUUCGUAUACUCCAAACAUGAGCUAUAAAUGAAUGACUUCAAAAAUUAUUCACAAGUUAAGACUGCAGUAGAACAUAAGGUAUACUUAUACACAUAUGCAAUUCUUUUUUAAAAAGCAUCUUUAAAGGAAAAUUUAUGGGUUUAGUAUAUGUCUAAUAUUUAUUUUACAUACUUAUUUUAAAAAAAUCAAGAAUAAUAUCAUCAUCCUAAAAACAGAUCCUAAUUUCCACAAUAUUUUUAUAACUAUUAGAGUAAUUACUUUCCAGAAUUAUUGUUAUGGUUAGCUAUUCUGGUAUGUGAACAGCUUUUAUUUAUAUAUCCCUACUAAUUCAGUGCUAAGAUUUACUUUCACAGACUAACAACAAUAUCCAUCACAACUUUAUUUUAACAUAGUUUCCAAAUAUCUUUAGAACAAAACAGAUAAUUUUAUUUACUUAUCUUGAUAAUCUCUGUAAAAUAGUGGUUCUUAGCUGGUGGUAUGGUACCCCCAAGGAUAACAAGAACCUUUAAAAAACAUUAUGAAGAAAAUAAACUCAACAUAUUAAAAUUGGAAGGCAGUCUUUGUGACUUAUCAACAUAUUCUAUUAGCCAGCACUCAACAUUCACUUACUGUUGACUCACUCUUGAAUUAUUUCUUUUGAUUUACCUUGUUAAUAAUAUAAACCACUUGUAAGAUUUUUGAAAACUAAAUAUGUGAGGGUAUGCCACUGGAUUAAAAGUAUGGCAAAAAAGGUCGGGAACUACUGCUUUAAAACAACUACUAUUUCAAUAUUAAGCACAGUUUUACUUUUAUUCAACUAAAAGCUUCAAAUUUUUACCUGGCACCUUCUGCAGAUAAGGAGUUUAACAAAUCCAAACAUUGAUUAGUUGCACAUUUUUAACCCAAAGUGUGAGAUAAAUGAAUAUCACAUCACUUUAUUAAAACUGAAAAACAAGAGUUAUUUAAAAAUUAAAGAACUCAGCAGAACAAACAUUCAGAAAUGUUUUACGUUUUCAAAAAACUGAUCUCUGCACACACACACAUUUUUAGUAUGAAAUGUUCUUGACUUGCUCCUCUAUUUUAUUAAUCCCCUAUUUAAAAAAAAGGAGUUAAGCAGCUAAACACAAGCACUAAAAUAUAAGUACAUACCGUAUUGAAAGAAUUCUGUCAAUA